ACAACAGUUGAACUUGUUCCGAACGAGUGGCAGUCAGAGGAGGUGGACACUGGACAGGUGGGUGGAGAUAUCCGAUGACCAAUCACAGCUUGGCGUCAGGUCACAUAUCAGCGGCAGAGACACAGACGAUGAUUUUGACGUUACUCCUGUUGAACUGAGGCUCCAAUUGCAGCAUGACAAGCUACACUGACAAAGGGGAGAAGCAUGAACGGGGAAAAUUUGUCCGGUUUCAUCAUAUCACCUUCUGGGUCGGAAAUGCCAAACAGGCGGCGUCCUUCUACUGUGACAAGAUGGGCUUCGAGCCUCUGGCCUACAAGGGCUUGGAGACUGGCAGUCGAGAGGUAGUGUCACAUGUCAUCAGGCAAGCUCAGAUCGUAUUUGCUUUUGAAUCGGCGCUCAAUCCCGGGAACGAAGAGAUGGGAGAGCACUUGAUGAAGCACGGAGAUGGAGCCAAGGACAUCGCCUUCCAAGUGGAGGACUGCGACUACUUAAUCGAGAUGGCCGAGCGGCGCGGAGCUGUCGUCGUGAAGGGUCCCUGGGUCGAGCAGGACAUCCACGGGAGGGUCAAGUAUGCCGUGGUUCAGACGUACGGAGAUACCACGCACACAUUCAUUGAGUACCUGGGGCCCUACAAAGGCCUGUUCCUGCCUGGCUACAAAGACCCUCUGUUUAGAGAUCCCCUCUUAGCCAAACUUCCACAAGUAGGUUUGAGAUUCAUCGAUCACAUAGUCGGAAACCAGCCGGAUGACCAAAUGGUGCCAAUAUCAGACUGGUAUCAGAAGUGCUUGAUGUUCCAUCGGUUCUGGUCCAUAGACGACAAGCAGAUUCACACACAGUACAGUUCACUCAGGUCCAUUGUGGUGACCAACUAUGAAGAAACCAUUAAGAUGCCCAUCAAUGAACCGGCGAAAGGAAAAAAGAAGUCACAAAUUCAGGAAUUUGUGGACUACAACGGAGGCGCAGGUGUUCAGCACAUCGCCCUCAACACAUCAAACAUCAUUCAAGCUAUUGUCAACCUGCGCGCCCGAGGGAUGGAGUUCCUCUCUGCGCCUGACAACUACUACGUCACCCUAAGGGAGAAUCUCAAAACGGCAAAGAUAAAAGUGGAGGAGGACCUCGACCGCUUGCAGGAACUGAAAAUCUUAGUCGACUUUGACGACAAGGGCUACCUCCUCCAAAUCUUCUCCAAACCUGUGCAGGAUAGACCCACCCUCUUCUUGGAGGUCAUCCAGAGGAACGAGCACUCUGGUUUCGGGGCGGGAAACUUCAAGUCCCUCUUUGAGGCCAUCGAGAAGGACCAAGACGCCAGAGGCAACCUGACCGUGCUGACCCCCGGGGGCCAGGCCCAGGCCUUCUACUGAUCCUCUCGAGCGCCAACAACACGU